AUGUCGCCGAACUCGAACGGCUACAUCGUGGAGCAACACGCAAACGUGGAUGCCGCCGUGAAUACCCCAGUUGUGGUUGAUUCAAACGAUGAUGGAACAGAACGCCCAGGAACUGGAAUUAGAGCAUAUGAGGAGUACAUUGGAAGAGGCGAUUGUGGAAACGCGCAGUACUCCUCUCGAAAAUUGACCGUGACUUCCCUGCAUAGCCCUAAGCAAGCGGAAUCGGGCUGUCGUGAGGGCUCUGAACCCAAUGCUGGUGACCUAUUUGGAAGCCAGCCGGGACAUUUGCGAGAUGUACUCAAUUCUUUUUGGCGCCGCGCUGGAAGUCUGCCGUAUCAUAGGUGCCAAUGUUUCCACGGCUGA